UAGGUGGAGGAGUGACUUUGUGCUUCUGCUGCAGCAGAGAGUGACAUGAUGAGGGACUGGGAGACGCACAGACAGGAAGGCGUCUGUAAUAUAUAGAGAGCAUCAGGCGCCGAGAAAGGAAUGGGGAAUAUCUGAAUGAACAGCUAUGGAGAAAUGAUUGGAAACGCGACGGCCUGAUUUCAGAUGGCCUGGGCGUCCAGAGUGCUGGAUACAGUGAGACAUCAAGGGCUGCCUGCCAGAAAAAAUCAGUCCCACUCUAAGUUCCUCAUGAUGAGACUGUAAAGCCUGGCUACCACAGAGGCUUCCGCUGCGGUCUGGGCAGCGCAUCCGCAUGAUCUCAUGACCCUGGAUAUGGACGCUGUCCUGUCGGACUUUGUUCGGUCCACAGGAGCAGAACCGGGCCUGGCCAGAGACCUGCUGGAAGGUAAAAACUGGGACUUGUGCGCUGCGCUCAGUGACUACGAGCAGCUUCGCCAGGUCCACACUGCCAAUUUGCCAGAGGUCUUCAAUGAGGGUCGAUACUUCAAGGCCCAGGGGCAGGAUUCGCCUCAGCUCCGGCCCUUUCUGCAGAGGCAGGAUGAUGCUGCUCAAGAGAAGCGACUGUCGCGGGGCAUCUCUCACGCCAGUUCGGCCAUUGUGUCGCUGGCGCGGUCCCACGUGGCUGGCGACUGCCAAAGCGAGCAGCUGCCCCUGGAGAUGCCCAUCUACACGUUCCAGCUGCCUGACCUCAGCGUGUACAGCGAGGACUUCAGGAGCUUCAUCGAGCGCGACCUGAUCGAACAGUCCACUAUGGUGUCCCUGGAGCAGGCAGGACGUCUGAACUGGUGGUCCAACAUGUGCACCAGCUGCAAGCGUCUUCUGCCACUGGCCACAACUGGAGACGGCAACUGCCUGUUACACGCAGCCUCUCUGGGCAUGUGGGGCUUCCAUGACAGAGACCUGGUCCUCAGGAAGUCCUUGUACGCCAUGAUGAAAAGCGGGGCUGAGAGGGAGGCACUGAAGAGGAGGUGGAGGUGGCAGCAGACUCAGCAGAAUAAGGAGUCAGGGCUGGUCUACACAGAGGAGGAGUGGGAGAGGGAGUGGAAUGAGCUGCUGAAGCUGGCAUCCAGUGAGCCGCGUACACACACCUCGGGGGGGGGUGAGAAUUCAGAGGAGCCCGUCUAUGAGAGCCUGGAGGAGUUCCACGUCUUCGUUCUGGCCCACGUGCUACGCAGACCCAUUGUGGUCAUAGCAGACACCAUGCUCCGAGACUCCGGGGGAGAAGCAUUUGCACCGAUUCCCUUUGGCGGCCUGUACCUUCCCCUGGAGGUCCCACCAAAUCGCUGCCACUGUUCCCCGCUGGUACUGGCCUACGACCAGGCUCACUUCUCAGCCCUUGUGUCCAUGGAGCAGAGGGAUCAGCAGCGUGAGCAAGCCGUCAUCCCGCUGACCGACUCGGAACACAAACUGCUGGCUCUGCACUUCGGCGUGGACCCCGGGCGCGACUGGGAAUGGGGGAAGGACGAUGGCGACCACGCCCGCAUGACCAGUCAUGUUCUGUCUUUGGAGGACAAACUUACCAUCCUUCACAAGUACAUGAAUGUAACAUGGAUCCGAAUUUCAUCAGAAUCAAGGGCGCCUCUGGCUCAGCCAGAGUCUCCCACAGCCUCUGUGGGAGAGGAUGUCCAGUCCCUGGCCGACUCCAUGGACUCAGACCGCGAGUCCAUCGGCAGCAACUCCAACAUCAACAAUGGCAAACCCAACAAGGAGAAGGAGAAAGACAAGCAGCGCAAAGACAAAGAUAAAAACCGGACAGACUCAGUGGCUAACAAGCUGGGAAGCCUUAGCAAAACUCUGGGGAUAAAACUCAAGAAGAACAUGGGAGGUUUUGGGGGGCUGGUGCACGGCAAAAUCAAAUCCAACUCCACUAGCAGCCGGAGUGCAGAGAAUGGCGAGAAGGUCAGGAAGAAGGACGCCAAGCCUUGCAAGGGGAGCAAGGAGGAUUCGGGACAAUCCGCUAGCACGUCCUCUUCAGAGAAGACCACCAGCCCGUCCCCCACAAACAAAGUGCUGGGAGCUUCUCCCGUGGAGAAACACAGCAGCUCAGGUAGGUUCCUGGGCGACGGGGUGCCGGACCACUGGAAAAACAGCUCCGACGUCAAGCUGAGCCUCAGCAUCUUGCGGGCGGCCAUGCAGGGCGAGCACAAGUUCAUCCUGGCCGGCCUGCUGCUCACCAGCCGCCGGCACCAGUUCCACCAGGAGAUGAUCAGCUUCUACUUGGCCAACGCCCAGGAGCGCUUCUCCGCCGAGCAGGAACAGAAGAGGAAGGAGGCAGAGAAGAAGCCUCUGACCAACGGGGCGACGCCGAAGAAACCGGAGCAGGAAAGCGCUUUCCAGAAGCCAAGGCCGGACUGCUCUACGCCGGAGAGCCACUCCCCGGUCCUGCACCCAAGCCAUACACCCCAGAAGAGGCACAGCCCCUCCCCUGCCCCCUUCUCCUCCCCUAGUAAUGGUGCUAAGUCAGGUGGGCCCAUCGCCGUGUCUGCCCACUACAGCCAUACGCCGCCCAUCCAGAGACACAGCGUCAUCCACCUACGGGCCGUCGGCUUGCAGUCACCCAGCUUCCAGGACGAGCCCCUCAGGUCCGCAGUGGGAACACUGAAGACCUGCGCCACGUACCCCCAGCAGAACCGCUCGCUGUCCUCCCAGGGCUACAGCCCGGCCCGCAUGGUGGGUGUGUGCACGGCGAACACGGGGGAGUCACUCUCCUACAGCAUGGUGGGAGAUCACAAGUCCCACACCUACACUAACGGCUUCGACGCCGGCGACGUCCUCGACUGCCUCGAGUUUGCAGAUGAGGACUCCCCACGUCCCUGGCGGGGCCACGAGAAAGCCAGGAGCCAGAGGGCACGGAACCCUCUCUACUGCCCCCUACAGAAGCGAUGCAAGAGGGAAAAUUGCUCCUUUUAUGGCAGGCCAGAAACAGAAAACUACUGCUCGUACUGCUACAAGGAGGAGCUUAAACACAGAGAGAGGGAGGGGAAGCAGUUUAGACUUGGCUAAUCCGCAGCAACAGAGCCGCUGCCACCCUGAUACACAGUAAUGGCCCACGGUAAAGCAGGUUUCAUAACAAUAGAGUAUCCCUUUGUGUAUCCUCGAAUCAACCGACACACUCAAUAAGAAAGCCGCAACUGAAUUCAGUUUACAACUUUGGCCAGAUACCUCUCACUUUUUAAAACUCAUUCUCUGACCGUUUUAUGUGUAACGCUUAUGUGUUUCACAAACUCAUGAGGCUCAAAUGAUAAAAAACGAAGACUGCCAUAUCUAAAACAUUCACAUUUAGGUCCUAAGUUAGAGUCCAUUUAUUUUUCAGCAAAAAGGUUUGCAAAACUGAACCACAAUCUUCAGAAAAUGUGAAAAAAGAAAAAACUGAAUAUCGAAAACCGUUGAAUUUGUAUGACAAAGAAAUCUUUUACAAAGCAAUAAGAUUUUCAGUGUCAUUGUUUUUUGUCAAUCUUCUAUCUAUGCAUCGAUAAUAUCAGUAAGAAAUUUGUUUGGGAUUUAACCCCCAAUUACUAACUACUUGCUCAAUUAAUUCCUUAUGUGCGAAAUUCUGAGUAUUUUUACAAGAUGCAUCAGGAAAAUCAGUACACAAAUGAAUUAAAUUAAUAGGUAUAUUAAAUGUAUUGUUUACAUAUAGGUCUUCAGCUGUGUUGGUGCGCUGGUAUAUUACAUCAGAGUACUGCGGAGUCAUUUUACACGAAAGUAUCACUGCCACUAACACUGAGUUCUGGGGACGGGCUGACACAGCGCUUGGAGCCUGAACUCACCUAAGGGAUAUGCAGCAAAAACCAUCCAGGUCAAAGUGCAUCCCUGUCAGCCUUUUCAUUCAACCUACAGCCCUUUGGGUUUCUCUGCUCCACCUGAGCACCAUGCUAUCGUUGGUUGAGUUUCUUCUGGCCAAAGAUGUAGGCUGCUUUCACGGGUAACUUCCAAACACCACAAGCGCUCUGUGCUCUGUUUCCGUCUCUGUAAAUACCAGAUGUGUGGACUUAACACCAUUAGGAAUGUAAAUGUUAUUUUGUAUUCAUUUCGAAGUUGUACAUUAAAUUAAUUUGCACAUUAGGUACCAAUGUAAAAAAAAAAAAAUUAAAAAAAAAGAAAAGUGUUUGUUUGUGGACUAGAAAAUGUUACUAUGUGGGAAUCUACAAGCCAAG